UAUUAAUAUUCAUAUACCUCUAUAAUGAACUGUCUAGCAUUUAUAAUUACAAUAAGGAGGUAUAUUUUAAUUAUGGUCUAUAUUGGGUAGCUGUAGACCAAGCAACCAAGGAGGCUUGUAGUUCAACCAGAUGUGGGUUAUGCAGCCAUAGGGAAAAAUAGCAAUAAUUCAUAAGAAAUGCACACAUACGCACUAUAUGGACAAAUGUAUUCGGCCAAACAUGCAGUCACGUUGUAUCCAAGUACAUAUACUUUAAUAUGGAGUUGGUCCUCCUUUUGCAGCUAUAACAGCUUCCACUCUUCUUGGAAGGCUGUCCUUAGGAUUUGGAGUGUUUCUGGGGAAGUUCAGGGCCACAUAGCCCAUGGUGUAUGAAUGACAAUCAGGCUUCGAGCUGGCAACUCAACCCCUCAAGUAACUGCCACCGAAACAACGGCUAUAUCUCCAGGGUUAGUAGAGGACUGUCAAGAAUACCAGCAAAGGUCCAUGACAAUCAACUGUUUUUCUGAAGCCACAAGCCACAACCAAGUAAUUCAGAAAGAUGAACAUCGAUGACAAGUUGGAAGGCAUCCUGAUUCGAUGUGGCACUGUGAACAUACACCAUUCAGUGCAAACCUUAGCACCCUCUGGGAUGGAUAAAAGAGGUGGAGGAGGAAGCUUGGAUAUGUCUCUAGGAGAAAAGAGUUUGGCCAAUCAGCCCCUACUUGCUGAUGAUGAUGAUGAGGAGGAAGAUGAGGAUGAAGAGCUGGCUGGCGGGACGCUGACUUCACACAAUCUAAUUGCACAUAAUGAACUUAUGGUUCAAGAGGAGACUGUGAAGAACAGUGCAGCAGGAGAACAAGAAUUUUCUCAGCAACUUUCUCACAAGAUACCAUACACUCUACACAUACCUGUAAAUAUUAAACAGGAACUGAAGCUGUCAGAUCCACUAAUUCUCAGUAAAAAGGACAAGAAACAGGAGAGGGACCUUACAGAAUCCCACAAAAAGAAGAAGAGAAAGCAGCGGUCUCCUGCAAAGAUUCUUACAAUUAAUGAAGAUGGUUCACUGGGACACCAGAACCCAAAGUCACAUAUCUGUGAGCACUGCAACGCUGCUUUCCGGACAAAUUACCACCUACAGAGACACGUCUUCAUUCAUACAGGAGAAAAGCCUUUUCAGUGCACUCAGUGUGACAUGCGUUUCAUUCAAAAGUACCUCUUGCAGAGACAUGAGAAAAUUCACACAGGAGAAAAGCCAUUUCGAUGUGAUGAGUGUGGAAUGAGAUUCAUCCAGAAAUAUCAUAUGGAAAGACACAAGAGGACGCACAGUGGAGAGAAGCCUUAUCAGUGUGAUUACUGUCACCAGUACUUCUCCAGGACUGAUCGAGUCUUGAAGCAUAGACGUAUGUGCCAUGAAAAUAAGGAGAGAAAGAUCCACAAAGCAGCUGCCAAAGAUGGCCUUCGACUCAGCACAGAAACACUCACAUUUUCCUUCCCAUCGAAGGAGAGCACUCUACCUAAGAAAAAGCGGCAAAAGUCCACUGAUAAGAACAGCUCCUUAGUCCAAACCACUGCUGUCACAGACAAGGUUUUGGAGGGUGCGGAGAAAAAGCAAGAGGACAGACUCAACAAAAGUGAUUGUCUUCCUCUUUAUGAUGUUGCCACCAAGGUCAAGGAUGAGUAUGUAGUGACAGAAUAUUCAGUAGAACUCCCAGAUUGUUCACCAGAAAGUGGGCAACUUACAGGGGAGGCAUGUUCUGACGAUAUCACCCCUCCGAAGAUAGUGCUAAAGAAGAUUGCUAGUAAGAAGAGUGUAAAACAGCAGCCAUUGGAACAUUCACAGCCUUUAUCACCCCUGUCAUCAUUUGAGGAAGGAAAAGUCACAAGAUAUACUUUUGAAAUUGUAGAUAACAAGGGCCUGUUGGAUGUAGAGCCAAGCCCUGACUUGGAGACUGUCGAUCCACUCCAGGUUGGGCCUACAAAGCCAACUGGCAGCAGCACAAACUAUGAUGAUGCCAUGCAGUUUCUCAAGAAGAAACGUUACCUCCAGGCAACCACGGUCAAUAACAGUCGUGAAUAUUCCUUGAAUGUGAACAGCAUCUCCUCACAGCCCUCAGUUACUCAGGCAGCCGUGGCCACUGUCAUAGACGAGACUGUUCCUGCCACAAUCCUGUCUGAGACUCAGACUCUGAACGUAGAGAUCAAGGCAAGCCACGAGAAGAACGUGCUUCCUGAUGAAGUCCUGCAGUCGCUUCUGGAUCACUACUCCAACAAGGCCAAUGGACAACCUGAGAUCAGCUUUAGUGUAGCAGACACGGAAGUAACUUCCAGCAUCUCUAUCAAUUCAUCUGAUGUUUCAGAGAGUAGCCCUACUGAGGCCUUGGGUACUAGUUCUCAAGCACCCACCGCAGAAAAGGCUAGUCUUCUGCAAGAGUAUUCAAAGUUUCUCCAACAAGCAUUGGAGAGGACCAGUCAGAAUGACAGCUACCUGAACAGCCAGAGCCUAGCGUUUGUGAAUGAUAGUGCAAGCCUUGGUGGGCAGCCCUUAUUUUCUACAGACAAACAGUUUGGUUCUCCAGGUCGGUUUAGAUCAGGUAUGAACUCUCCUCUGAGACUGGACAAACCACAUUUUGGUCUUUUGGUAGAUUCCCAACACUCGUUCUCAUUUUCGGGUGAUGAAACCAACCCCUCUUCAGUGUCACCGACUGAGGAUUUUCUGGAGCAGGUGUCCCCCAAAAAGACAGACACUCAGGGUAUCACUCAAACGUUUCAGAUUGCGACAUUCGAUCAGAACUUCCGAUCUCAGUUCCAGACGUCCCGGUCUGGACUGUCGUCACAGUUUAGUGUUUCCAAUGGACAGGUCAGCAUAAGAAGUCAUGGAGGAACAGACUUUCCAGAAUUCUCUCUUGUUAAUGUUACUGAAAGCAGAACUCAAAUGAGCUCGUCUCCAGAUCCUACAAGCAGCCACACAUUUGGCUAAAAAAAAAAAAAAAAAAGCUAUUUAAAAUUUUGGUCAUUUAAAAGCACUUUAUACUCUUGCUCUGCGAAUGUAAGCAGCACCAUCUUGGAUGUUCAUCUCAUGGCAAGCCUUUGAACUCCAGAUGUUGUCUUUCUAACUGGGGGUUGUUUUAAUCAUGCAAGGGUGAGAAUCAUUUUAAGGAAGUAGUUUUUUGUUUUUCAGCACACUCAUUUAAUGUCUGUAUACAAAUAAAAGGCACUUUUCUGUAGUUUUUUGUUAACCUCCUGAGACCCAGACUCUACUGUUGUCUACACUGUAAUUUCUUCAGUUUGUUUAUUAGCACCUUAUAACUGUAAACCUAAUUAAUGUCUCUAAACAGAGGUAAGUUUGAUAAAAGAUCAUUACACAAUGAUCCUCAUAUAAGGAUUGUACAAGUAAAUAUGGACAAUGUGAUUGGGAGAAAAUGUCAUGUCCUGAUAUGAGAACAUUCAGGUCUCAAGAGGUUAAUUUAGUCAGUUCAUCUGCACAUCAUACUGCACAACCAGAAUUCUCUAAGAGAAUUUACUUCUUUACAGGUACAUACAAAUAAGCUCUUAAAUUUCCAAUUUAAAAUUAUAAAUUCAUAAUUUUAUAUAAUGGAAUUGUAUAACUCGUAGGUAUUUUUGCACAACACUAUGAAGGUAAUACUCAUUUUAAAGAAAAGCUCUUAAAUUAUUGUGGAACUAGGUACAUCUUUGACACAUUGGUGUAUCUCUAGGUACCUUGAUUGACACCUUAAUAUUUUUCCUUGUACAAAGCAGUACUAAUCCUUGGAACUGGAACUAAUAUGAAAUAACUGUAAGAAAUACACAUCAUUUGGAUUAUACUGGGAAGGCAGACCUCAGAUACAGCAUGGGGUAAUGAAUAAAGGUAUCAAAAGUUCUAUUUUUCAGUAAUGAAACGGAUUAAGUAGGUUUUCCCUGAAAAAGUUUUUUCCCCUGCAUGUAGUGCCUUUUUAUGUAUCUGUGAAACAAAACAACCUAUAAAAACAUAAUCUCAAACUGCCUUUUUAUACCAAUUUUUUGCUUAGUUUUGAUCAUGCACCUAAAGAAACUAAAGGUCUUAGAUUUACCAUAAUCAAAAUGUGUAUCAAAUUUGCACUUGAGCCUUGUGGGCCAGUGCUCCUCAUACCUUGGACUUUCAGGCUAUCUUGAUGUAUGAAACCUAGCCUGAAUUGUGGUGUUCUGGGUCUUUUUAAAACACCUUUUCCAAUUUCAUAAUUGCAAUUAUGGAGAUAUUUUAUAGGGACAGAGACUUGUGAUGUCUUUAUUUGCUAUGCCAUUCUAUUGUGUGUUUGGUAGAUAGCAAGUAAACAUAUUCAAUUGGGAAAUUGAAUCAGUUGAAUCAUGUAAGUUUAAUCAUUGUCCUUGAACUAUGAACUAAAAUUUGCCUUGUCUAUCUUUUUAAACUGACAUUCAUUUAUUCAUUGCAUUAUUUGGUGAAACAAAUGGUGCAUGACUUUAAUCUUUGGUACAUUUAUUUGGUAUUUAUAACCAUAGUUAUCAGUAUAACAAGAUAUUGCGUCUAACAGUGAUUCAUGUCAAUAUACUGCCUAUUUAUGAUUUCUGUAUGUUUGGAUUUCUCUCUUUUUUUCUUUUUUUCAUAAGCUGUAAUUCACAGAUGCUGUUUUUAAAAGCCUACAGGUGUGCCAUGCUAAACUACAGACCAAAUUGGAACUAUAUUGUGAAGUGAUCUUUAUUAUAAAUAGUUGUUUCUCCUUAUACAACAUUUUUUUUUUUUAAAUCCCUCAUUCCACUGCCAGAUGUGUGUCUUGUUUAAGCAUAUGUAUGUGUAAGCAUGUAUGUAUGUAUGUACGUAUGUCUCAGUUGUACAUUUUAAAACUGCGCAUUUUGUUUGUGUAUAUUAGGAGUGGGACAGAAAUAUUGGAUAUAUUUGGGAUGUUUGUGGAUUUUUAAAAUGAAUGUACUUGUGUCAAUUCAGUGCGCAUAAUCCUGUUGGUUCUGGCCUCAAUGAACACUGCUCAAGUUACUGUUGAUUCAUAGUGACUAGGGUUUUUCUCUCUCUCUCCCUCGCUCUCUUCCCCUCUCUUUUUUUUUUCUUUUUUACCACAGUGGAUAGUCUCCUUUUGUUUUAUGUCUUAAAAGCUCAUAACUUUAUUUCUUGUCAAUAUAAGAAUUGCUUUCUUUUAUUAUUUAUUUUUUUUAAUUAAAUGGGUUUUCUUUAAACCUAUUUAAAAUCAAAUAUCAGUUCUAUAAAUUAUAUACCUCUUGAGCACAAUCAAAAUUUAUUUUAUUUUUUUUUUUUUUAAGGAUUAAAAUCCAUCAGGUUUUAAAUCAACCAGGAUGUCACUUAAGUCUAAAUGAAGUGUGGACACUUAUUUUUAUGUUUGUAGAAUAUUAUUACUUCUGUUACUACUACAAGCAAUUAUGUCAAUUUUAUUUUUUCCUUUAUUUGCAUCCCAUACAUUGGAAUUAUGGCAGCAUUGAUAUAGAUUUAGUUUUUCUUGUUUAGAUAGAAAACAAUGAACUGUUCUUAAACAGUUAGAUCUAGACAUUAUCACAUUGAUGCGGGAUGGAUAUCCACAGGUUUUUUUUUUCUUCUAUACACUGGUUAUAUUAUUAUUUUUACAUGUAUGUAUCUUUAUUUUAGCCAAACUAUUUCCAUAAACCUUCAUUCAUUUUAUGCAAGAUGAUGUAUAGAACCUGGGGGAUUUUUUUUCUUGCUUACAUUUUUGUGUAUGUCCUUUGAAAUACAAUUGAAAAACUCAGUAAUAUUUCUUUUGUUUUUGCCUUUAUCCACCUCCUACUGUAAUUAUGUUUCAUAGCCUGUGUCUUUCUCUUCACCACUGGUUACCAUAUGUCAAUAGACAGAGUCAACAGGGUCUUUCCUUUUGUCAACAUACCUGGUUGAAUACCAAUGAUAUCCACACGUGAUGUGUUGCAUUAUGUGCGAUUAUUAUGACUAGACACACUCACUCACUUGUUAAUUCUCAUAUUCUCUAUAUUAAUUCUAAUACAGUAUCCUGGAGCCUAUUGCAGGGGACUAGCUGCAUGAGUCCACACAAGCACUUAAACACAUAAUUUUUUGCUAUUUAAUACAGUGGUUCCCAUUCCUGAUCCUGGAGUAUCCCUGCCCUGUACAUUUUAGUGUUUGCUCGGCUGUGCCACACCCACUUCUAUUUAG